AACUGGGGAAAAAUGUCAAAAGAAAAAGUAAAGAAAGUCUAAAAAUGUGUCACUCACAAUACCGGUUUCCAUUUUCUACGAAGUAUUGAUUUGGGGAACUGGUCAUGGCUCGCGUUGUCCAUCAACGCUUUACAUCGAGAUUCCACUUCCGGAUACCAACCCACUCAACCGGAAUAGUGACAGACUUCAGCAGAUUAACAUCUCUUCUAUUUCUCAAUUUUUAUUUUCAUCCCGUAUAUUCAGCGUUCGAUUGGGGUUUUAUCCAAUCUUGGCAACGAUUACUACAAGAUCGCACGCUUUUGGUAGACGGCGAUGGGUGUCUCCGAUACUAUCAAUCCCAACUUUGGGCGCGAUCGCUGUCAGGAAAAACAACACAAGAUGGUACGUGCGUUCUAAUAAGUGAAAGAAUUCUCUACUCUGAAGAGCAGGAGAUUUCGUCAUCGCAUAUCUGGCUUCAAGAUUGGACGGCUCUAAUUUAUAAGCAGAGUCAGGACUACAAGAAAACCAAUCGAUUAACAAAAGUGUGGACAACUGCAUCGUGUGGCGUCCAGCAUAUCAUUCGACAAGUCAACCGCCAGCACAAAUCAUCCACCAGCAGUCCCAGCGUUGAACACAUCACCUCCGGAGAAGCUUGA